CAACACCAAGCAGACGACCUACCACACAUGUUGACAGCACCUAAACUUGUUUAACACCAACUUUUCGUUGUGAAAAUGAGCGUAGUUCGGAUCGUUGACGAUGGUGGAGACGGGGCGUCGUUCCUGGAGGUAGACGGAGAGGUGCUUCCCAAUGGCGACAUCAACGCCUUUCGUAACCUCACUGGUGUCAACGUCCGCAGCGACGACAUCAUGGUAUCAGCGUACCCAAAGUCAGGAUCCCAUUGGGUGAUGGAGGUAAUCCACUUCCUGUUAGCCGGAAGUCUAGACGUCGAUGAACUCCAAAAGAUGGUCACCAUGAUGGACAGUUCGCCCGAAACAUCAUACAGAGACCUUCCUUCUCCCAGAAUCCUAAACACACACCUGCGCCUUGAACAACUUCCGGCGGAUGUGUUAAAGAAAAAGGUGAAGCUGAUCUGUGUGCUCCGGAAUCCCAUGGACGUCGCGGUGUCGUACUACAACUUCUUGCGCGUCCUCACCUUCACCGACUACAACGGCAAAUGGAACAACUUCUGUCGGCCAUAUUUCAACGGGAAAUUUUGUUAUGGGUCCUGGUUUGACCACACCCGGCACUGGGAGGAGGUCAAGAAGGACAACCCUGACCACCCAAUUCUUACCUUAUUCUACGAGGACUUUAAAGAGAAUCCCGUGAGAGAGGCAAAAAAACUGCGGAAUUUCCUUGGUGUGGACAAAUCUGAUGGGUUCGUGAAGCAGGUGUGCGAGCAUUGUGACUUCCAGUCAAUGCAAAAACGAAAGGGAACAACGAAAAUGGGCAAAUACGCCUUCCGGAAAGGUGAAGUUGGCGACUGGAAGAACUGGUUCACUGUGGCACAGAAAGAAUGGUUUGAUGAGCUGUACCAGGACAAGAUAGCGGAACUCCCCAUAAAAUUCAGAUACACACUAGAUGACUGAAGUAUCGGUCAACAGAUUCAUUUUAGUUUAGGCUUGUUUGGGUCUUUGGGCUACUGAUUUGUUUAUGAAUGAUUUUGAAUUCAAAUCUAACAUUAAUUUGAAUAAUUACUGCACAAAACGUUUUGAAUUGAUGUAUGUUUGUGGGAAAUAACAGACAUUAUUAAUACGACUCACCUGGGAUAGAUAGGAAGCCUGUUUCCAAUUGUGUCUACCAUCAUUAUCAAAAUCGAUGACUAAACUGAAGGCAGUUUAGUUGGCACUAAACAAAAACUCUUCAGUCCAGUUCAGUUCUUUCUAGUUCAGUCUGGUUCAAUCUAGUUCAGUUCAGUUCAGUCUAGUUCAGUCUAUUGUUGUUUCAAACUCAAAAAUUCAAUCACUACCACUGACAGAUGUUGGUAUCAUUCUAGACCACAGCUUGCCCAUGAAAGACCAGAUAAACAACUUUUGCAAAUGCUUUUUCACCGAAGAGCGAUUGGCAAUAUCCGUCCUCUUAUCACCACUUCGCUCACAGCAUCAGAAUGUACUGACAAUACCACAAUACAAGCAAAAGAAUUUUAGUCACAGAUCAUUUUCGCACACUUCCGUGAUAUUGUGGAACUCUCUUCUCUUGACCUAAAAGUCACUGACACUCUGGAUAUUUAUACAUCCAAGCUACUCAAGACUCCGAGCUAAGACUCAUAAACAUCAGUCUCACAUCUUACUGCACAAAUGUAUGCAUGCGUUUUUAGAUGUAGCGCCAUGAGGAUGCUCCGCAGCGUGGAUAUGUGCCCAGAAGAAAUUUUUGCACAAUUAAAAUGAACAAUUGAUUGUUGUUUUUUCAUGAUUACAAUCAUUUCUAAAUACAUUAAUUUCAGUUGUUGACCUAAUUAAUAGUGGCAUCGCUGCUCACUUUGCUUUUGCAUGUCGCAACAGUGCAUGAAACAAUAUAUCAUUUGCAAACAAUAAUAAAUAUAGUU